CAUUUAAGGUAGUUAUGUCAAAGAACGAGCAAUUGUCUUUACUUUACGGUAAAGACCCCCAAAGAGAGCUCAUCAAGAAUUUACUAACAAGUGACAACGUUCUGAAGAAAGGCGAACUAUACGACUAUGACGUUCCUUGUACUACCACUAAAGCUGACGACUACAAAGCCUGGACUGGGGCCGCGUUGAGACCUCCUCAAGUGAAACAGAUAAACCAAGGCAAAAAGCAUCAGGAGACACUAAAGACUAAUAUUAGUUUCGGGUCCUAUGUUGCCGGGAAAUCCUCUAUACACAGUAGUGAUUACAACACCAAGAAAUACUCAAAGUCAACAGUUUCAAGCCUGCAAAUAACAUCAACAUAAUCGACUUGGAUCCUAAAUACCAAACUGAUGCAAACCCUAUAACAUCAUCUUAUGCUGCUGAGUUUGACAAGGAUGCUCUGGUUCGACAUCAAGCGAAGAACAAAGUAUUGAUACACGGAUCAGGAAACCCAAUUACGAAUUAUCUACGAGCUACCCACUUUACUCUCGGUAGCGAUCCUUCAGAACAAAAGACUGAAGCUCAAGCUGCAUUUUCAAAUGCAGAGUCUUUAACAGCCAAAAACUCUGUCGCGGCAGAACGAGCACAGCAAGAUAAACGUACAAACAACGUCUUUAGGAAUGGUGAUUACAACAUAACCAAAGUGCCGGAAAACAAAUCAGUUUUCUCCAUGUCCUACGCAGGAAUUCCAUCAACUCAGAAGGGAUACGAUCACAUAAUCAACUCAAGGUCCAACAUCAAAAUGGACGAUACAAAGUACGCUAUUUCCAAGAAGUUGUACAGUUACUUGAGAGAAAAGUUCCAGAAUCCCAGAGAUCCGUGUCAGGUUAACCUUAGACAAGCUUUUGCUCUAUUCGACAAGAAAAGAACAGGUUUCAUCUCCUACGACAGUCUUUCAAGUGUCCUAAAACGUUUCCUGGACCCAUCAGAUCAUUCUAUGGUGGGUGAAAUUGUGGCUCUGUUCGACCUCAACAACGACGGUAAGAUCGAUUACCUUGAGUUCGAGACCUUCCUCAACCAGAAGUUCCCGGAAGUUGAGAAAGAAGCUUCACUCUAUUCAGAUACGUAUAAACCAAGUCUACUGGAGGGGGCAAAAAGACCCCGAUCCUCGGACAACUCCCCUGUGGACGGCAGCUACCAGAUCAAAACUCAUUUCAAGUUCGGUGAAGGAAUGGAGAACUCGGAGUCGCUGUAUAAGAGCACAUUUGGAGAAGUUACUAAGCAUGGUAUUCGCCCUGAAGUAGCUAAACCUCCCCCUCCAUCACAGAUGUUGCCAGUAGAACCGGAGCACAUGAGGACAGCUAACAGUAUACAGAGAGAGGACUACCACUGUCACUUCACACAUCUCCGCAAAAUGGCUGACGAGCGCGCUGCCACUAUACGUGCUAACAAGAGCUUGCAUGAGAACGCCAGCUUUGCUAUUGGGAAUGAUAGUGAGGUGUCCAAGGAUCUGCACAUGCAGAGUCUUACUCUUAGCUCGUACCAACCUAAGAAGCUGCUUCCAUGUGAACGAGCUCGAGGGUUCGAGUCACAGUGGAACCAUCUUAAGACUGAAGAUGCUCUUCCUGACCUAACUGCGGGUCCAAUGGUUUCGGAACACACGGAUGCGUUCAACAACAAAUCUACCUCUGCUCAGAACGAGUUCAUUCUAAACAAAGAUCUACGAAAGGUGCGUGUUAACGAUGAGAAGAGCAGUCAUUUGAAGUUUGGUAAUGACGCUAACAUUGGAGACGUGUCAGAAAUGGCAGUUCAGUUCAAGACCCCCAAAGUAAACCCUGGACACCCCGCGGCUGGUAUAGCAGGUGGUCCGAUAGCAGAACACAAGCACAUCCACCAUAGUGACAACCAGACAGCUCUCAGCGAUCCCAGUGUCAAGAGUUUGCAGGACUCUAUUAAACAGACUAUUUUAGAGAAAUGUUAUAACCACCGUGACCCUUUGAACAUCAACCUACAAAAAGCGUUUAAGGAAUUUGACAAGAACAACACCGGAAAAAUAACUGUCACCGGACUAAGGGAGGCCUGUAAAAGAUUGCAACUACCAGUGGACGAUGCAACUCUCAGAAGAUACUUCAUCUGUUUAGACAAGAACAAGGACGGUUCUAUUGAUUACAACGAGUUUGCAGAUGAGUUGGGUGUGCAUAUUCAACAUGUCAGCUCCAAAGGAAUGACAACGGUCAUGAAGAGCAGUUAUACUCCAAUUAAUGAGAGGAGUCAGGAGAUGGAAGUAAAGAUUGACAAACAGAAAAUCCAACCUUCUCAUUAUUUCCACAUGAACAACACUUCUGCAACUCCUGGUACCACAACCCAGAACGACUUUUCACACCCGAUCGAAAAGAUGGACAUUCCAGCAUACCAGACCGUGUCAUCUACAUAGUCGGCGCCUGGGAAUGUUGAGAGAAUUUGAACACUGUUCAUUUAUUCAAAUAACUUUCAACCUUGUCAGAUUAGUGAAAAUAUCUUGAGCUUUAUCGACAAUCGAAAAACUGCUGAGUUUGAAUAAUGAUCUGUUCAGCUAUUAUUAUCGGUGAUCUUUAAAAUUGAGUGAACAUUUCGAAGCUAGAGUGUAAACUUGUUAGUUCUUCUACUUCGUGCAUUCUUACAUGAAAAGUCAUUUCUUCGUGAAGAGCCACAAAAUUUGAAAAUUUGUUACAACUAUUAACUGAUUAACGUCAUUAUGAAAAGUAUGUACAUUGUGAACAUUAUGUACAUCAAUAUUAAAUUUUAGCACCGAAAAAUUGUGUUUAAUAUAUUUUCAAGAUUAAAUGUUUAUACCAAA